UAAAAUGCCACAUAAUGAAUUCGCCACUAGUAUACGAGUCGCCAGCAACAACAAAAUCGAUAUACACCGUCUAUAUAGUGCGUAUCGGGAUCGGGUUAAGGAUGGAAGCGAAGAGUUAAAACGUGGAACGGGUCCUAUAAGUGAGAAUACGGCUGUUGCAGAGGAAGAUGAUGUGGAUUCUCUAGCGAAAGGUAUUAAAAACGAUAUGGUAGAUAGAUCGGGAAAGACUUCUCUAAUAGGAAAGGAAAACUCUAAAGCAGCUAAGAAAACACAGUUGACAGUAAAUUGCGAUGCCUCAGAUGAUCACAAGAUGGGAGAUUUAAAAUGUGUGCUCAAACCAAAAUCAAAAGAUGUGGAGGAAGAAAAAAAUGGCAAAGAAAAAGCUAAUAUGAAGGAACCAGUAGUUAAGGGCAUGGUUAUACUUAAAAUGGAUUUGCCCACUAAAGAUAAGGCUGAACCGGGAAAAUCUACAAAUUUAGAAUCACAGGACUCGGCGGAGCGUCGCAUUGCCGAAUUAAAUAGGGUCUAUAUGGAGUUCAUAAGUGCUUGGAAGAAACCUUCAUCGGAUGGCAAAAAACCCAAUUUGUUUGCCAGCAAACCUGUUCGCCUGACUGCCUUAAAUGAACUCAUGAAUGUUGUGGAGAAUCUGAAACAACCCAAUACAAUGGAUGAUUUUGUCAAGGCUAUCAAUGACGAAAUGACAAGAGAAAGAGAGGGUCUUAUCUCUAACGAUAACAUAGCCAAGACAAAUCAGUUGAAGAUGGAAAGAGCUACGGGCAUUUUUAAGCGCAUGUCCGGUGAUAUGAAUUCUGAUGAGGUGAAAACUGGCGGACUUUACGAACAGUACAAGAAAAAACUUAAUGAGAUAUUGAAGGCCCAUAAGAGUCCCAGCAAAACCUUUGCUAAAGAUCUAUCAUGUUCCAUAGGCAAGGGGACUAAUGAAAUAUCCCAAUGUCAUUGUGAUGAUAAGAAACCUUUAACCUCGUCGGUGGACAGUGAGGGAAAUAGAAUUUCCAAUGUUCAGAGUCAAUGUCAUUGUGAUGCAUCGAGAUAUGCACUUGAAGGAGAUUCUAAGGGAGAUUCGAAAUUAUCCAAUGGUGUGGUCCAGUGUCAUUGUGAUGACAUGAAAAGUGCCAGAUUGGUAGAUCAUAAAACCGAUAAAGCUAACGAUUAUUUUGAAGCGCUGGAAGCAUGCAUGAAAAUAAACAAGGAAAAGACUUUAAAUGGUGGCCCAAAACCAUACUAUAUAUCAAACUCAAAGCAAAGGCAGAUGGUGUGGAAUGAUAUACCUUUGAUGAGGUCCGGACAAAAAAAGGCGUUAGUCAAGGGUAAAGGUAAUCAGGAUAAUCGUCAGGCAAGUGUAAAAUCCAAUAGUCUUAAUGCCAUGCCUAAAAGUGUACAACCAAAUGGUAACAAUGUGACAAAUUCGCCCAGUUUUAAUAAAAAUCAAAAGCAGUUAAUACAUUUGCUAAAGGUGCUUCAAGCCAAGCAUCGUUCAACGUCAAAGAGGAGCUAUAAACGUGGCUUGGUUGACUCCACAGAUCGAAAUGGUAAUCAGCUGGGUAAUGUGGGAUUCCCCCAAGUACUCGUUAAUCAAAUUGGAACUGGACAACAGGCUGGAAAUCGAAUGAUUGACAAUAUGGCUAAGCAAAUGAAUGUGUCGCCCAUGGAGAUGGCUCAACGUAUUGCUGCCUCCUCCAAUGCCAAUUCGAACUCUGUUGCCCCCUCAUCUUAUCCACUGCAGAGUAACUCGGCAAGCCAGACCAUCGGAUAUCAAGUUCCAACAAAUCACAAGAUUACUCCGGAAGCACCCAACGUAGCUCCCAUGCUGGAGAAGAUUCUAACUCGUCUACAAACCAUGCAGGACACAAAUUUCAAUCGGGGCGUGGAAAUGUGGGCGGCUGAUAGAUUACCUUGUUGCUUUGCCGAGCCAGCUGACGGUGCUCCCUGUGAAUUAACAGGCUCCUGGGAGUCCUUACUACUUGGCGUGCGCAUAAAUAUUGUAGAUGAACAUCGAUUGGUGAAGAAUGCCCCAAAACCCGUCUGUGCCCAGCCAAAAUUUCGGGAUAGAUCUUGGCGACAGUGUGUAAAACUGACCCCGAAAGAAAUUCGGGAACGCUUUAGAGCAGGUGAAAUGAAGGUGCUUAAUAUAACCAUAGAAGAUACGGUGCCACCACGACCUCACGAAAUGUUGGAAAAUAUCUCAGAUUGGAUUUUCACUGGACAUGCAAUUAGCACACUGGGGGGACCUGUAUCAUUGUCUUGUCGCAAAUUGGACUCCAAAUUGAUGGGCACUUUUAUUGGCUUCUGUCGAAAUUGUGGUUGCAUUGAUACCAUAUUCGGCAGUUGGACAUUCUGUCAGCCAUCCAAAGAUUGUCAAGACAUUACCAUGUCCAUUUUUGAAAGACGCGAUGUGCUGCGACGUUAUUCGUUACCCGAGGUUCGUAGGGAAAGAAUUAAGGAUCAGCUCUAUACACGAAGUAAAUUUGCCAAGCUAGAGAAACAACAACAGGACGAGCACUCCACUCCCCAUCCACAUUCAGGAUAAAUUAUAAUUUAUUUGUUUUUUAGGUAUUCAUUUAUUUUUAUUAAUUUUUUCUACAAAUAUA